AUGGUUCCGAUGUCGGAGACUACCGGUGUUUCACUCGUGAUCCACUCACUGGCACCGAUUGGUUUGACAGUCGAAGAUAUCAACUCACUAUGCACGCCUUCGCUGUUUUUUUACUCUUCUACAGACAAGUACCGAGUUAUCGGUUCUCCAGGUAUCCCGGGCAAAUUUAACUUGGUCAUUCGCGCGUUCGAUGGUUCCGAUGUCGGAGACUACCGGUGUUUCACUCGUGAUCCACUCACUGGCACCGAUUGGUUUGACAGUCGAAGAUAUCAACUCACUAUGCACGAAUCCUCCUUUACGGCAAAGAGUCUCCUGUCGGCCGAUUUCCCUCAACCAGUUCUCUCAUCCGGUGCGUACACUCCCAACAUUGUGGUCAAGCAGGGGCAACUGGUCUCCUUGCUGUGCAUUCCUCCAGUUCCGUUUGCAACCAACGCUUUCUGGAUUGGUCGACGCCCGCCGACACGUGCAAGUGGUGGUCGGAUCCAAUUGGAUCGCCUAUUCGGUGAGCGUAAUUGGCUUCUGUACUGUAUCCCGAUCUUUCCGGUUCAUACUUCAGUUAUCGAAAUUUAA